AUGGAGGGAGGGCUGUCUGCACAGAGCAGUGACAACGUCGCCGUGGCUUUAUGUAAAGCUAGUGGGACAUCCACUGCGGAAAACGGGCAUGGUCUCCAACAUGCAUGUGUUGCAAGUGCGCUGCACCGUAAUACUGCAAAGGCAAUGGAGAAAUUGGGCAUAUCGGACCGGAUAUACGCCUGGGACGUGUUACUGGUCAUGAUGAGAAGUCAAGUGGAGGAGCGUUUCUCAGACACUGGCCUCCCCGUGUUCUUCACUGAAGACAAACGAGCCGCCCUGGUUGACUGGAUCAUUGAAAUUCAUUAUGCAUUGGACUUUGAAGAGGAGACACUCUAUCUCACAAUAGAUAUUCUGAAACGCUCUUUGUCACUUAUCAAAGUGACUAGAAACAAUCUCCAGCUCCUUGCCGUGGUCUGCCUCUUUGUGGCCGCCAAGAAAGAGGAGAGCCAUAUCCCAACGGUGUCUUCACUCUGCGCUCUAUUGAAUAAUGCCUACACCAAAAAACAGCUGCUGAGAAUGGAGCAAAAUAUCCUCCUCGGCCUGAAAUUCAGACUCUCUCUCUGCUCUCCUCCCGAGUUUCUGUGUGUCCUUGGCACAGAGCUGAUAAUGGCAAAGUACUUAUCCGAGUUGUUGCUCCUGGACGCACAAUGUGACCAUUGCUUGUCACUUGACGUGGCUGCAGCGGCUCUACGCUUGGCCCACAUUGUGCUCCAGGAGCCAUCAACAGCAGAGAAGGAGGCUGCCUGGAGUCUGGCCUCCAUUUUCCAGUUCGGCAGAGACACUGUGAUUAAAGACAUCAUGCUUGUCCUGGCAAAUGCUGCGGCCAAAGCGCACUUAAGAGGGACCUCUGCUUCCUUCAUAAAAUAUUCUUCACCAAUUAUGAUGUCUGUAAGCAGACAUCAGAGGCUCAGCCAAGCCCCCAGUCUGCUGAAGGAGUGA